UUAAUGGAUAAUUUAUUAUAGAUUUCAUAAGAAGUAAGAGAUGCAAUAAAAAAUGGAAAAGGAGUGGUAGCAUUAGAGUCAACUAUAAUAACACAUGGGAUGGAAUAUCCAACAAAUGUAUAAACAGCUUUAGGAGUGGAAGAAGAAAUUAGAUCUAAGGGAGCUAUACCAGCAACUAUAAUAAUUAUUUAAGGAAUAAUUAGAGUUGGUUUAAGACCAGAAGAGAUUGAGGAAAUUGGAAAAAAUAAAUAAAAAUAUUAGAAAUGCUCAAGAAGAGAUUUUGCUUAAAUAAUUGCAUAAAAGGGAUAUGGAAGUACAACUGUAGCAGCUACUAUGAUGAUUGCUCAUAUGGCUGGAAUNUUUAAUUAUAAAUUUUAUAUAAUUAAUCUAUUUAUAGUUAUUAUUAAUGCCUUUCCAUUUCUAAAUUUUAAGAAGAAAUCCAUCAUCAAAUAUUCCCUUUAUUAGCAACCAAAAUUUAUAACCUAAUCAUUUAAUUCAAUUAUUCAUUAUAUAUCAAUUAUAUAUUUUGAAAUAGGAUGCAUAUUGAAUAUGUGA